AAUCCUUAACGGGGACCUUUUCCAGGAUACUGAUCAGUUACAUCAACCACAUACAACUGCCCUCAUAUCAAGACCACCAUGUACAAAAUUUGGGGAGGGAUUUUUGCUUUUUUUGCUUGUUUACAUGUACUUCUCGCCCAAAGAAACCCCUCUGGUGGAUCGGAAGGCAGGAUCAAUGGAAACGGAGUACAUGUACAGGGGUUAGGAAGGUCUGGAAAACUCCGAAUCGGAAGAAAUCGAAAUCUGGAAUCGGAUUCAAAUGCACUGACCAUUGACUUCGAUUCCAUCAGGGAGGUCGAUGGGAGCGGACGGUCUGUGGAGCAGGGAGGAACUAAGCCACAUAUGUUUAAUACACUUGCAAACCAACAAUUCAACAUUUCAAGACCGGAAAAUGUAACGUUUUCCAACAUUCAGGCUACUAGGAUAGUUUUUGAUGGAUUCCUCCCCAAUGGCGCGGAGCUUACAUUUCAAGUUUUCAUCUUCCAUGAGGAAGGCAAUAUAACAUUAGAUGAUGAAGUUACCUUGGUUAAACCGGGAGCUGUAAAGUUCAAUAUUCUUGUCGCCAACUGGACAUUUUGUGGCGACAGUGAUGGGGCGAAUUGUGCAGGAAGAAUCGGACGUUAUCUUGAUGUGACACUCCGUGUUCUUGGACGUAGACCUCCAACACGACGUAUGAAUCGUCGGCCACGACCUAGACCAAUGCCAAGAAACAUGACCCGUGGGGAGGAGUUCGAGAUGGGCGGGAAUGUCACCAUUUCUCUAUCACGAAAAGUUCGCAUUGAUAACAUGGUGAGGUCUGAAGAUAUGCCUGAAAAUUUUCCAGUCUACGAAACAAGGGGCGCCAUCCAGCUUUUCCGUUUCCGGUUUCGUAGAUUCAGAAGAUACAUAUGGUAUGAUCCACUGGUCACCACUGAUGAUCCGCCUCAAAUGUCGGACGAUUCUAACACCAACGCCGGAAGUCACUUCUCAUGGGUCACUUCAGUGGUGGCCCUUGCGGUGUGUUUCUUAGUACUCAUCAGGCAUUGAAUACCCCCGCUAUUUCCCGUUGAAGUAUUCUAAAUGUUAAAAUUAGCUGAAUGCAAUAACACAAUCCUGCGUUAUAGUCACUUUAAUUAAUAAUGUUUCCCAA